CACAAGACUACAGUUCCUUUCUUCCCCCCCAAAAAAAAGAAUAAGAUGCUCGGAGAAAGUGGAGAUAACGAAUUGCCUGCAGCGAGCCCGAGGAAAAGCGAGUGAUAAGAUUUACGGUUACAGUCCGUCGUCAUCGCUAAGCGAGCAAGCGGGUAUCGACGACGAAAAACGGUCAAAUGCCCGACCAACGUUUCGGGCUGAACGUGCCUGGUCGCCGAGAAGCCUCGGGCGGCUCACUUUCCCACACCUCUCCGGAUUGACACUGACAGCUUGGUGGAAAGUGAUCACACACUACCUUUGUCUCGGGCCUUCGUCCUUCCCCCUCUACUGACGAGCAACGACAUCUCCUUGACGAUUUCGCGAAUCCACCGAAAACAGGAGAUCUGGUUAUUGACCCGAUAGUGAUAUCGUUACCCCAAUUCAAGAUGUGGUGUGAUAACUGUUUAUUAUUACUGCCAUUGAGGGGUGGGGCCAUUGCUUGGGCUGUCGUUAUCGCGGCGUAUAGCAUUGCCGGCGGUAUCUUCCUCUUGAUAGACGGUCAAUAUUUAUAUUUCACUUAUCCUGAAUGGUACAUUUACGGUGGUAUCGGCCUGGGUGUUGCUGCCGUCGCCAUCAUCAACAUGUUCGCGCUCUCCAACCGAUCAUACAUAUGGACUAGGGUUUGCAAGUUCUUGUGGCCGUUCGUCAUCGUCAUAAGUGCCGUACGGGCUAUGCUGAUGAUCGUUGAGCUUGAGCGAGGUAAGGACAAGAUCCAAUGGGAAUGUGACAAUGGCGGCCAACUGUGGUCUGCUUCUGCGGCUGCAGGAUAUUCGACAUCUACUUCGUUCCCAAGUACAUUCUGCACGUCGGGAUUCUCGAGCUUGUAUACCGCGUUCAUCAUCUCGCUUCUCAUCGAUCUCGGGUUCCAGAUGUACAUGUAUUUUUUGAAUUGGCGCUUUUCGAGGCGGUUGGAGCACUACUCAAAUAUGAAGGGUCCAUUCCACGGGGGUUAUUACAACGCUUAGGCGAUGUAGGUCCCAGACGUUCCUUCCAUUUGGGCUGCGUGCCCGUGUUGGUCAUCUCUCAUCUCGCUCUCCAUCUCGGACCUAUAUAUUAUUGACGUUUAUUUUUUUUAUACUGACGACUGACGAGCUUUACGAUAACUGUAAUGAAUCACGACUGGGAUGGCUUUACCAUUCAGUCCACGACCUUGAUGAGAUGAUGACUUUGUUGUAGUAUCUUGUUUCACAUGUAGUGUUAGCUAUUGCACAUGCCUCGAUGUGA